GGGCCAGGCCAGCUGGGAGGGCGGCGGUGCUUUGGGCUCUGGGUGCGCUUGCACGGGAGGAAGCCCCGCGGGCUCCAACGGUCAGGGAGAGCCCGGAGGCGGCCCGCCGGACGCGGCUGGAAGAGGGAGAACGGCCCACGGCUGCCUCCAACUGAGCCCCGCCCAGGACCAGGCUUCAAUCUGACGGGAGGAGGCGUGGCGCCGCACUUCCUGGAGUGGGCGGCCCGUUGAACCCUUCAGGUGACGUCAUCUGAUCGCGACGGAGGCCGCCAGGAAGGGGCCGCUCCAGGGGCCUUCGGUAGUGGGCGGCGCAGGGGAGAGGCGGCGGCUGAGCUGUCCUGGUGUGUCUUUAAGGCGCCGACAUGUCCUUGGUGCCGGUGCUGCGGGCGGGCCGCGGCCGCGCCGGGUUCAGCGCCCUGAGGACGGUAAAGGCAAGACUUCAUGUCAGCUCCCACUGGAACCUGCAGUAUGGCUGGCUGGCAUAUGUGUUGGGAGAGAGAACAACUAAAAGGUUCAACCAGUACAGCAAAGUCUUUACAGUGGAUGGCAACCUGCGUAGUGGCAAGGGCAAACUGGCACAGCGAGUUGCAGAGAAGCUAGGUUUGCGAUACUUUCCGGAAGCAGAUGUUCAUUUUUUGGACAGCGUCACAGGAGAUGGAACAAUAUUGGAUUCAAAAUUUGGUGGCAACUGUAGCCUGGAGAAAUUUUACAACAAUCCUAAACACCCAGAUGGAAACUCUUACCGGCUUCAAACCUGGCUGUACAGUAACCGCCUCUUACAGUAUGCUUAUGCCCUGGAACAUCUGCUGACUACAGGGCAAGGAGUAGUGCUGGAACGCUCCCCCUACAGUGACUUCGUGUUCUUGGAGGCGAUGUUUAAGCAAGGCUAUAUCCUUAAAAGAUGUGUGGAACACUAUGACAAAAUUAAGCAUCUCAGUAUUUGUGACGUCUUGCCUCCUCACCUGGUCAUUUAUAUUGAUGUACCUGUCUUGGAAAUUAUGAAAAGGAUUGAAGAGAAAGGCGAGCCACAUGAAAAAAAAGUGUCACCUGCAUAUCUUCAGAGCAUUGAAGAUGCCUAUAAAAAAUCUUUCCUGCCUCAGAUCAGUGAGACAUCUGAGGUCUUGCAGUACACUGCCAGUGAGGCUGAACAUGUGGAUAAAGUAAUAGAAGAUAUUGAGUUCCUGAAGUUUGACAAGGGGCCUUGGCUUGGACAAGAUGACGUUUCUUUCCAUUACUUGAGGAUUUUGGUAGAGGACAAGAUGAGAGUGGUCCUUCCUACGACUCUCCCUUUCUACAUCCCUGAAGUCACAAUAGGAGGCCUUGAAAGCGAUAAACUAUAUCAUGAAUACAAGGCGCUUCCUGGACGAAAAUAUGGUCCUGGUUUCAAUGCUGAUGUUGGAGACAAGUGGAUCUGGCUGAAAUAAUUCUCAUGCUGAAGGUUCAAUAUUCCAUUGACCACAUGGCUGAGAUGAGGAAGCACCUGUCAGCCAUCCUGCCUUUUGUUCACAGUGUCUCAAGCCCAAGCAACUUUCCAUUAAAAAAAUGUUGUGAACUAAAUCCCAUUAGGGAUUAAAAUAGGGUCUCCUUGUCACAAUAGUGACUGGUCUAGGAGCCUGACUGGAUAUGGGUGAAAUAAAAUUUUCCUCCUCUUGCUUUUCAA